GAAGGAAGGAAAGAAAGAGAGAGAAAACCAGAAAAGAGGAAAGUGAGAUUGCUCAAUUUCUCCUUCCUCCUCCUUCCCAUACAUAUCCCUCUCUCCAUCUAAUCUACACAUGCACAAAUGUCGCAGCUGCUGAUAUAUGGCUAGCUUAGCAUAUGCUGCAAACCGCUGCAGUCUAGUCACCUCUCAACAUACUCACUGCUUCAUCGUCUAGCUAGCUCUCUCCCUCUCUCUCUAGCGUCCUGUAUCAUCAUCCAGCAGAGAUUCCUCUUCAUCGUCUUCUUCUUCCUCCUCUCUGUUCAUCACCGUCCGGCGAGCCACCGGCGGCCGCAGCGGCGGCGAUUGAUCAGCUGUGUUGAGAAGAGAAAUUAAGAAAUGUCGGCCCAGAUCGCGCCUGCAGAGCAUGUGUGCUAUGUGCACUGCAACUUCUGCAACACGAUUCUCGCGGUGAGUGUCCCAGGAAACAGCAUGCUGAACAUAGUGACCGUCCGGUGUGGGCACUGCACGAAUCUGCUGUCAGUGAACUUGAGAGGACUGAUGCACUCAGCCCCAGCACUACAAGAUCAUCAUCACCAUCACCUCCAGGAGAAUAAUGUGAGUGGAUGCUUCGUCCGUGAUCAAAACGGAUAUCCGGAGUUUGGUUUGUCUGGAGCAUCGUCAUCCUCCAAGCUCAGGCUGCAGCCUCCUGCUGCUGCAGCCAUGGUUUCCUACUCGCAGCAAAACCAGCAGCUCGACCAAGCUCUCCAUGCUCGCCCUCCAGAGAAGAGGCAACGGGUACCUUCAGCAUAUAACAGAUUUAUCAAGGAAGAGAUACGAAGGAUCAAAGCAAACAACCCCGACAUUAGCCACAGGGAAGCCUUCAGCACAGCGGCCAAGAACUGGGCACAUUAUCCAAACAUCCAUUUUGGGCUAAGCCCUGGCCAUGAGGGUAGCAAGAAACUUGUCGAUGUCGACGCCAUCCCAACCGCUCCAUCUUCCAAGAAGAUCCAAGGUUUCUACUCAUAGAUCGAGCGAUGGAUGCAAUCCGACGACACCAACACAGCAAAUAGCAGGAAGAGAAUGAAAGAGCCAAGCAUAUAUAUACAGUGAGUAAAGAAGCAAAAACUAAGGGGAAAAAGAAAAAGGUGUUGCCACACCUUACCUUGUUCUCAUGACUGAAAAACUUGUGAAGACAUACAUAUCAUAAGUACAUAGAAGAAAUCAACUCAUAUAGAGUGAAAAAAACAUACAAAAAAUCAAGCUACUAUAGCACAUCGAUCGACUGAACGGCUGAAUAAACCAUUUGACCAUAUUGUUUUUACAUGUAUAAGUACAUUUUGAAGCUAGCUUGCUGGCUAGUUCUUUAUUUCCUUUGUCUUACAAUGAAAUUAAUUUGCAAACAUAUGAACUGCACUGUCAAUGGUUGCAAA